AUGUCCACUGAGGUAAUGCUUUCUAACCAUCUCACCCUCUGCCGCCCUCUUCUCUUUCUGCCCUCUAUCUUUCCCAACAUCGGGGUCUUUUCCAGUGAGUCAGCUGUUCACAUCAGGUGGCCAGAAUAUUGGUGCACCUUCAGCAUCAGUCCUUCCAAUGAAUAUUCCGGGUUGGUUUCCUUUAGGAUUGAUCUCCUUGCAGUCCAAGGGACUCUCAAGAGUCUUCUCCAGCACCACAGUUGGAAAGCAUCAAUUCUUCAGAGCUCAGCCUUCUUUAUGGUCCACCUCACCUCUGUACUUGACUACUGGAGAAACCAUAGCUUUGACUAUACCGGCCUUUGUCGGUAA